CAGGAUUUAGUUGUCAUCGCGAUGAUUCUUGGUAGCGUAGCUUAGCAACAUCUAGCCAUUCUCAUUAAAAGGGCUCGUCCCCCCGAACUGCAUUCAAACAUAUUAAAAUAUUGGCUUGCUUUGCUAGUCGAGUACCAGCGUUAACCCUGACAUUUUGGUCUAAAGGCUCUCCAAAAACAAUGCCAGACACCGUUUACGAACCAAAAACGUAUAUUUUGACGUCCAGUUUAUUUUGGGAGGCGUUGUUGUUUAGAAUGAGCUGUCAACAUGCUAAAAUUAUCUCAUAAUUAGUGCUUGUUGGAACAUAUUUUUCAAAGCAUCAAUGGCUAGUAUCGUUCGUGAUGUCAAAACGAAUGUACACACUCUACACCAGGACCAGGCUUGGCUACAUGUACUACAAGAGACAAAUGAGGAAAUCCCGAGAACAUUACCCAGCUGGACACUCCACAGCUCACCCCAUGGAGAUGAAUGGUAUUAAAAUAAUUCCCAUCCCGGUACUGUCUGACAACUACAGCUAUCUUGUAAUCGACACAAACUCCAGUGUUGCAGUUGUUGUAGACCCUGCAGACCCUCAAACAGUCCAGGCGGUUCUUAAGGAAGAGGGAGUGACUUUAGAAGCAAUACUCUGUACGCACAAGCAUUGGGAUCACAGUGGGGGAAACAAAGGGUUGAAGAGGCUUCACAGCUCAUGCAGAGUUUAUGGAAACGCAGCUGAUAACAUUCCAGGCCUCACGCACCCUGUCUCACACAAAGACUCUGUAACAGUUGGUCGUAUGCACUUUAAAGCCCUCUUCACUCCUGGACACACGGUGGGUCACAUGAUCUACCUCCUGGAUGGCAGGCCAGUUGAUUCGCCCUCCAGCCUCUUCUCUGGUGACCUGGUGUUCCUCUCAGGAUGUGGUCGGAUGUUUGAAGGCAGUGCCACAACAAUGCUGUCAUCUCUGGACACAGUUGUCUCAUUAAGUGAUGACACUUUAUUAUGGCCUGGUCAUGAGUAUGCAGAGGACAACCUACUGUUUGCUGCUGAGGUUGAGCCUCGCAACGCUGCCAGGGAAAACAAAUCUCAGUGGGUGCUGCUGCAGCGAGGCCAGAAGCUGUGCUCGAGUCCCUCCACUAUCGGAGAGGAGAAGCAGUACAAUCCUUUCCUGCGCAGCCACUGUACAGAGCUCCAUCAGGCCCUGGGUCUCCAACAGUUCCAAGAUGAAGACUGGACCCAGUUCAGGGCUCGGGUGCUGGAGGAGCUGCGUAAACGCAAAGAUCUCUUCAACAGGAGAUAGUACUGGAAACACUAAGGCCAGCUAAAUGCUGGUAAAGAGGAGCGAGCUCACCUGUUCUGGACAGUGGUACGUUGUAAAGUAAUGAUGAUGGUACUGAAUGAAAGGUCAUGCUCCGAUCAGACAGAACAAAUCAGCAGCCUGGGCGCCUCUUUGUGAUUGUGGUUUUUAAUGGCAAUAAAGCUUUUUGCUUGCUGCUCCUGAAUACCUUGAGCUGAAAAGACUUCAACACAGAGCAGAACAGUUUCCCAUUAUCCAAUUGGAUGAAUAGAGAGGACAUGUGAUUCUGUGGUUGCCUAGCAACAUUAAAAAAAGACGCAUCAAGCUGCUCAUUUUGAAACUUUAGCCUUCAAAAAAAAGAAAAGGCAGUGUAGUGUGUUUCGCAUUUCUGCAACCAGCAGAAAUCGAUCUGUCUGAUCGGGGCGUUAGUCUAUUCAUAAAAAAAACAUUUUGUUAGUUCAAAGGGGCAUUAAGUGAUUUUUGACCUUUAUUAACCUGCAUCAGAGACCACUAAGAACAUAGUCACAACUACAUCAUUACACGAAACUAAUCAAUAAGCCUAUUACCUCUCCACAAACUGUAUGUUGUGCUUAUGUUGUAUUUUUGACGGAUCAGUGUUCAAUUAUUGCCUCCUUAACAUAGAGACUUAACAGUAAUAUAGAUUUUUCAUGAGUAGCUUUCUGUUAUUUUAGGUACAGGCUGAUUUAUGAUUCUGGUGUGUGACAGAGAGGGAUAACAAGCAUUAUGUUAAUUUAGCAUGUUAGGUACUGUAUAUUUUUUUUACUGCAUGGUCUGGUUUAUUUUUAAGGGAAGUUAUACAUUGUAUUAAAAACCUUGCAUGAACAUCUUUGAUCGGCUGGUUUCACAUUAACUUCUGAAUAGAGGUUGAGAUUUUUGAUUGAUUGUGUGUUUGAUAUUGUUAUAUAAUUUUCAGCAAUAACUGUUAAUUUAACAUAUCAAACACUCUUUGCUGUCGGUACUUUGUGUUAGCACAGUCUAUGAAAGAAAGUCUGUACAUUAGCCUUUCAUGUGAAUCUAUGUAUGCUGAAUUUCAGAGCCAAUUUUGUUUUGACAUUUGUGCUAACAUUUUAUAACACGUGUUUGGGCUACUAGCCCUUUUCUGUUUUCCCCUAAAAGUUUCCUGUUAAAAUUCCCUUUAUUGUUUUAAGAUUCCCUAGGGCCCAUGUAUUAGAUGUGAAACACAUUUUUUGUACUGAAGCCCUUUUUGUACCUGUGUAAUGAUUUGACUGGUAGUGCUUUGUAUGAAACAUGACUGAACUGCUGCUGAAGGGAUGAUAAGCUGAAAUAAUUAAACAUGCAGGGUGAUCCGAAUCAAGCAAUCCUAAAGAUAACACUAUUUUGCAAUCACUUUUGACUUUUUAAAAAAAAUGUAUAAUAUUUAAAAGGAAGAAUACAAUGUGACAUUGACUGUGGUACUCACUUUCAAAAAUCAGAAGGAAUGUUUUAUAGACAAUUUGAAAACUUUGAAGCCAAAAUUGUAUAUAGUUUUUAAUAUAUUGGAGGAUUUAUUCUACUGUGAUACAAAGCACGGAAAUAAUUUCAGUAUAAUAAACAACGUUCUCCCCGUGCACAUUUGAAUAUUUGUGUGUUUUUAUAAAGGAAAUGUAAUGCAGCUUCUGGUAGGUGGAAAGAGGCCAGAAUGCAAAGGAAUAAACCUUUAAACUUGUGUGGAGCUUUGAAUGCUCUUCAGAUUCCUCCGCUGCUCCUGCAGUAGGGCUUGUAUCAAAGCACCUUGUCCCCUGGUGACUGUUGACUAAAAUGUUAUUCUGUUUGUUUGAUGCACAUUCCCAUCUUAUUUGCAUAUGUUUGAGUUAUGAAUACCACCACAUGGGAGACUGUUUUACUUCAGGUUACGUUUUAAUGAGGAAAUAUGAAAGUAAACUUCUUCAUUAGAGCUG